AUGGCUCCAGGUUGCCUCAAGGGCUGCAGCAUUGCCCUCAGCGGCACGUUUCCCGGCUUCAAGCAUUCCGAUCUGAAAGGCAUGCUGGAAGACCGAGAUGCUAGUUUCUGUUCGUCUGUCACUGAUGAAUGCACGCAUUUGGUUACGACCCAGAAGGAUGUUGAGAAGAACACGGCGAAAUACAAAGCUGCGUGUGCGCUUGCCACUUGUCACAUCGUGUCGCUCGACUGGCUGAUUGAGUCAAUCCAAGCCGUCGAGGUGAAUGGGGCCAAGAAACCAUUUCCCGAAAUUGGUUACAUCCUGGGCUCUGUUCCAAAUGGAAUAAGCCAGGAUGUGCAAAAGGGUUCCAACAAGGACACAAAGAGUGUUAUUCAGAAAAAGACAACGAGCGAGGCCUUGAAGGUCAUAAAGAGUGAUGUCCAGGUUGAUGCAAAGAACGACCAAGAAAACUCGGCAAAAAAGCGCAACGCCGCACAUGUCGAUGGCAUUGAGGAAGAUUCAAGCAAGAAGCAGAAGGAUGCGCAAAAAGCGGGCUUCAAAAACCUGAAUAUUCCCGUCGAUGAGGCUUUUCUUCGGGAGCAUAUCCAACACAAAGAUCCUAAUGUCUAUAUCGAUGAUGCCGAGUUGAUCUGGGAUGCCACGUUGAACCAAACUGUCGCGGCUCAAAACAACAACAAGUUCUACAUCAUCCAACUGCUUUCCGUCUCGAAUGGGCAGAACUACUUCACGUGGACUCGAUGGGGUCGCGUUGGUGAGCAUGGCCAGUCUGCCUGUUUGGGAGAUGGGACGCUGGCAAACGCGAUGAGAUACUUUGAAACGAAGUUCAAGGAUAAGUCAGGCUUGAAAUGGGAGAACCGACUUGAUCCUGCAAAGCCGAAGAAGUACACAUUUAUCGAGCGCAACUACGAGGAGGAUGAUGAAGGUGACGACGAGGUGAAGAAGGAAGAGACUGAAGAUUCAAAACCCAAGGUUGAGAGUGCCCUGUCAAAGCCUCUCCAGAACCUUAUGAGCUUUAUUUUCAAUUCGCAGCAUUUUAUCGAGGCUAUGGCGUCAAUGUCUUACGAUGCGAAGAAAUUGCCACUGGGCAAGCUCUCCGAUAGGACCCUGAAGAACGGGUUCUCGAUCCUGAAAGAGUUGUCUGAACUUAUCGCGGAUCCGAGCCUUGCACAGUCCAAGUACGAUACUGGAUAUGGGACCGCAACAGAGACUCUAAGCGACCAGUACUUCACCAUCAUUCCGCACGUCUUUGGUCGAAACAGGCCGCCUGUCCUGGAUUCAGAUGCCCAAAUCAAGAAGGAGGUUGAACUCUUGGACGCAUUGACUGACAUGGAUGUUGCGAAUGAGAUCAUGAAGAACUCGAAAGAAGCUGAUGAAAUCAACCAACUUGACCGUCAGUUCCAGAGCCUGGGCAUGGAAGAAAUGACUCGACUUGAUCACAAGUCGAGCGAAUUCAUCGAGUUAUCCAAUUAUCUUUCAAACUCACGUGGUGCAACCCACUACCUCCGAUACCAGGUGAUCGACAUUUUCCGAAUUGAGCGUCAGGGCGAGAAUGAUCGGUUUAAUGCUUCUCCUUAUGCGAAGGUCAAGAAGAGUGACCGAAGACUUCUUUGGCAUGGUUCGCGCAGCACCAACUUCGGUGGCAUUCUAAGCCAGGGUCUUCGAAUCGCACCACCAGAAGCCCCAGUCAACGGAUACAUGUUCGGAAAGGGUGUCUACCUUGCGGACACUUCAAGCAAGUCAGCAAACUACUGCUGCCCAAACAACAGUGGUAACAUGGGGUUGCUCCUCCUGUGCGAUGCCGAGCUUGGCGACCCCAUGUUGGAGCUUUUCGACAGUGAUUACAACGCCGGCGAAAAUGCCCAGAAGCAAGGCAAGCUCGCUACACUCGGCCUAGGCCGGAGCAUUCCUGCCGGAUGGAAGGAUGCAGGUUGUCUGAACCAGUCUCUAGAAGGUGUCAAGAUGCCAGACGUGAGCACAGGCACUUCGCAGGGCAAGGACAAAGCUUGGCUCCAGUACAAUGAGUACAUUGUCUACGAUGUUGCUCAGAUUCGCCAGCGGUAUCUGUUCUACGUUCACAUGAAGUAA